AUCUCAAACAUGGCACGACACGAUCCUAAUCCAUUUGCUGAUGAAGAGAUCAAUCCUUUCGCGAACCAUACAAGUGUUCCUCCUGCAAGCAACUCCUAUCUCAAACCGCUUCCACCGGAACCUUAUGAUCGUGGUGCAACAGUCGAUAUCCCUUUGGAUUCCGGCAAGGAUCUUCGAGCUAAAGAGAUGGAACUCCAAGCGAAGGAGAACGAAUUGAAGCGGAAAGAGCAGGAGCUUAAAAGAAGAGAAGAUGCAAUAGCGCGAUCUGGAGUUGUCAUUGAGGAGAAGAAUUGGCCCGAGUUUUUCCCUCUAAUUCAUCACGACAUUCCAAAUGAGAUUCCGAUUCAUUUACAGAAGAUCCAAUACGUCGCAUUCACCACAUUAUUAGGUUUAGUAGGAUGUCUAUUGUGGAAUAUUGUGGCAGUAACUGUAGCUUGGAUCAAAGGAGAAGGUCCCACUAUAUGGCUUCUCUCAAUCAUCUACUUCAUUGCUGGGGUCCCUGGUGCUUACAUCUUAUGGUACCGUCCUCUCUACCGAGCUACGAGAACUGAUAGUGCCCUGAAGUUUGGAACCUUUUUCUUGUUUUACGUGUUUCACAUUGCAUUCUGCGGCUUUGCUGCAGUUGCUCCACCAGUCAUCUUUCAAGGAAAGUCUCUCACAGGUUUCUUGCCAGCACUUGAGCUUCUAACUAGUAAUGUUGCGGUCGGGAUACUGUAUUUCAUUGGGGCGGGGUUCUUCUGCAUCGAAACACUUCUCAAUAUCUGGGUUAUUCAGGUUUCUGAACUUGUUUUACUCCAGAAUUUAUCAACACUGUAAAUCACUUCAAUCUGUCUAUUUUUCCUAACCCAUGAAGUGCAUUACUCAAUUUUCAGCAAGUAUAUGCAUACUUCCGAGGGAGUGGCAAAGCUGCAGAGAUGAAGCGCGAAGCUACAAAAUCGACCUUAAUGCGUGCAUUAUGAAGACAACACUUAUCACUGGAAAAUGUAUCAGUGGUGGCUUGAAGUCAAAUCUUGAAUCCUUCACACAACAUUUGACAAAAAUCCCUUUUCUCUGAAAAGUCGUCUAGGCCGGAAAUUUUUUGUUGUUGAAUUACUUUGUAAAGACUUAAUCGAGCAAAGGCAAUACUGUGUGGUUUAAAUUUGUCAAAACUCAUUUCUUCAUGAAUGCUAAGGCAAGAUCCCUCGGUACCUGCUGUGUGAAUUUUCUUUUGCAGGUUCACCGAUCAGAUCAGUAAGAACUGCUUCAAUGUUCAUAUGAACAUCCUCCCGAUCAGUCCUCCGUUCAAAUUCAUCUGCUUCGAUCUGUCUCUCGAUAUCAUCAAGUCCUGUUAAAA